GAAUAUAAGUCGAUGCGUGGUAUACAUGGCUAUUCUAAAACCCGUUGCUCAUUUAAAUUCACGUAAGAACACAGCUUUGUAAGCGUCAUAAGUGUUAUCGAUGUUUAGGAAUGUGGUCUCACUAGUAUUCAUUCCAUCGCGCUUCAGUUUGAUAUCCGCACGCUUUGUGAGUAGCUGAACCUGUGAUCUCCACAUUAGUCUGGAUAAUUCUAAAAUGCACGAGACAAUUCGUAAUCAGUUGGAGCGAGAUGGGUUUGCCGUGUUGGAGGAUUUUCUACGACCAGCGGAAUGCGACGAGCUGGUUGCAGCUGGCAUUGAACUUACAAAACAAAUCCAAGAUGGUGCCCAUAGAACGGUGUUUUCAGCAAGUUCGUUCAAUCCCGCAUCAAAGGAUAAAUAUUUUCUAGAGAGCAGUGAUAAAAUAAGAUUUUUCUUUGAAACAAACGCUCUGGAUGAGAACGGUGAACUGAAAGUGGACCCUAGCAUUGCCCUCAAUAAGGUCGGGCACGGUCUACACCUCCUGCAUCCAAUCUUCAGAUGUUACACAUACAGCGAUCGGGUCAAGGCCGUUUGUCGACAACUAGGCUUCAUAGAACCAGCUGUCGUACAGAGCAUGUACAUUUACAAAAAUCCCGGGAUCGGUGGAGAAGUGAAGCCUCAUCAGGACAUUACAUAUCUACACACUGAUCCUGUUGCACCUAUUGGAUUUUGGAUUGCUUUACAAGAUGCGACAAUCCAAAAUGGUUGUCUUUGGAUUUCUCCGGGAUCUCACAAAUCAGGUGUACAUAGGAGAAUGACGAUAACAGAAGAUGGGACCCUGGAAUAUGACCGACCAGCUCCAAUAUACCCACAAUCCAGUUUUACGCCAGUACCUGUCAGUAAAGGCACCUGCAUAUUACUGCAUGGUAAUGUGGUCCACAAGAGCGCACACAAUAGUUCGGAUAAGAGUCGGCACGCCUACACGUUUCAUAUCAUUGAGAGAAAAGACAACAACUUCUCACAAGAUAAUUGGCUUCAAGAGGGCAAGGAGGCACCGUUCGUAAAUAUUUACACAACUUCGCAGAUAGAAUAAUGAAUAUACUAUUUUCGACAUGAUACAUUUUGAUUCUUAUGAUUAUAAUUUAUAUUUGGGUUGAACGUAGAAAAAUAUCUGAGGACAUCUUACAUGACAUUAUUAACGUUUAGUUACGACCGAUUAUAGUUUUGCUUAUAGCACAUUCCUUACGAUGCUUUCCUACACUGUUUGAGCAAGUGUGAAUUACGCAUAUAGAAAAAAAAAAGUUGGUAUAGCCGGUGUCUGAACAAACCUCAGCUUUCCUUAGCAACUUUUCUGAGUCCAUAACCAAUUCAUCUCGCCAUGACUCAUAGAGAUUAAGUAAGGUGUAAUGAUACUCCUGAACGUGCAACGAGGAAUUAAUUUAUGCUUCGAGUAGACGAUUAUGAGUUACUUGUGAAAUGUACUCAUUAUUUUUUAAUCAUAUGGAGAACAAAAAAAGCAUAAGCGUCGACGUUACUGACAUUUUAGUUGACGUCGAUUUAUACCUUUUUAAAAAAAUACUACGUAUAGCUUCGUUCGUCUGAAUCGUAAGGGAGGUAAAUGUCUACAUCUUGUAACGAUUACGAUGGAGUUUGGAAUAUGAAAGAGGGUUCUAGAAAGUUAUUCAAUCAUAAAGUAUUAGAGGUUGGUAAACGUUGUUUAAUAGUUUUAUUAUGCGACGGUUUAGAGGGCGAUGUUAAACCGAUUUUUCAUGUAUUCCUAUUAUUUGCCAAGUUGCAUGGAAAAUUACUUUGAAAUCUACAUCAUACUCCAUCACGACAGUUAAGUGUUGGUUAAUAUUGAAGAUUUUAAAUAUGCUUUACUAUUUACCCUUACUUUUUCUCAAAGUCUAUUUAAAUAUAGAUCGGAUUAAUUUCACUUGUUGUAAUAGGACUUUAUUAGUAUUUUAGUAACUGAGUUAUAUCCCGUGAAUCUUAUUAACUUCUUGCAUAAGUUUUCUUAUUAAACUCAACUUAUCAUAUAAUAAGUUUUCUUCGAUGCAACCUUUAGAUGCUUAUUCCUGGAAAAUAGUGUUCGCUGAAUCGAAAUAAGGAUUUGCGUCGUAGAUUUUUAACGUGAUGUAAGUCGCAUUUGCUCACUUGUUAGUUUUUAUAAAUAUCCAAUAUAAAUAUAGGUAUGGAAAUACAUUUGUAUUUAGUAAUACUCAGAGUGGUUCAUUUAAUUAUCUAUAGGAUUUAAUUAGAUUUUACAUCAAAAACUGUGCAUAAAAGAUUUAAAUCAAAUGUUUAGUUAACUAAUUCGUUUCCAUGGCAGCGAAUACUUUUAAUGAACGACUCUGAGUCAGAAACUAAGUUCUGGUGUAAAUCCGAUGGUAAUUCGCGCUACCAUAUAUUAUUUAUUAAUAUUUUUCAUUAUCUUUUGUUAGAGACCUCAGUCCUUUUGAUGAGAUUAAUCAAAAACCUGAUAAACCUGUGUCAGCUUGAUGUAAGUUAUUUGAUUAAGGUUUAAAAAUAUCAUACCCGCUAUUAGCGAUUACACUUGUGAUAUUUUUUAAUAAAGAUUCUUAUUUUGUC